CAAAAUGUAUUUUCACAAGGAAGUCUUUCUUUAAAAACCCCGGUUGCAGAAUGGAGAAUUCAACACAGGUUUUUCACAACUUUGAAGCUAGUUCAAACAGGACGGAUGAUGUUUCUCCGAGUACUCCUCCGGGCCUGGAUAUCAUCUUCAUUCUUCUAACCUCUCUCAUCCUAGGAUUACUAAUCCUAACUACAAUUAUAGGAAAUGUAUUUGUUAUCGGAGCUAUUCUUCUGGACCGACAUCUUCAGUCUGUUGCAAACUAUCUAAUUCUCAGCCUAGCUGUUGCUGAUCUAAUUCGGCAAACCUGGAACCUGGGUCCAGCUCUAUGUGAUAUGUGGACCUGUAGUGAUGUUCUCUGCUGUACUGCGUCCAUUCUUCAUCUUCUAGCCAUAGCUGUUGACAGAUUUUGGGCUGUAACGCAUGCGCACUACAUUCACUCCAGGAACACCCGAACCAUUGGGUUCAUGAUCUCUUUGGUCUGGAUCUCCAGUGUGGUGGUAUCCCUGGCUCCUCUCCUUGGCUGGAAGGAUGCAAACUGGGCGGAGAGGGUUGAAGCAGGGGAUUGCAUGGUGAGUCAAGACAUCACUUAUCAGAUCUUUGCAACCAGUGCAACCUUUUUCGUUCCCUUAGUUCUUAUCCUAAUCCUAUACUGGAGAAUCUUCCUAACAGCCAGAACAAGAUUGAGGAAUAGGAUGGCCCAGAAGGCUAAACUACCCCAGGGUACCAGCAAGUUAGCUCCAGUUAUAAGUACAGCUAGGCUGGCAACCUCACUCAAAUCACAACGGGAUAAGGUCAAGACGGUUAUAUCUGAAGAUCCAAACAAACUAGAGACAACCUCGUUCUGUUCUUCCAAACUUCUAGUUGGUGAAUCCACUCCGGCAAAACUUCCAAAUAAAUGUCCCUCUGCUGAAACCAAACCAGAGAGUAUGUUGGUCUCCGACCCCUCCUCCUGCAGUCCUAGCUCCGAUAUACCUCCGACCCCGAGGACUAGCUGUGCCAGACAUCAGAACGGAGCUACCAGAAGGUUUGACAUGGCCUGUCAAACAGAGAACCUACAAAAUUUAAACUCGGUUGUGGAGAAACCAAAACGAGUCAAAAAGGAGAAAAAACAUGUCUCUCUAGAGACCAAGCGUGAGAAAAAAGCAGCAAAAACACUGGCCAUAGUGACAGGGGCAUUUAUAUUAUGUUGGCUUCCAUUCUUUGUAACAGCACUGGUUACACCCCUCUGUGAGAACUGUAUUGAUCACAGGGUGUUCAGUUUCUUCCUCUGGUUGGGAUACUUUAACUCAACUCUCAACCCUAUCAUCUAUACAGUCUUUAGUCCGGAGUUUAGAGCAGCGUUUAAGAAACUGCUCUGUGGUAGAUCUAACCAGGAGAACUGGAGACCAAGACAUCUACAGUAAACCAGGGACCGGAUGGUUAGAUUUGUGGUUAAAAACAAACCAAGGUUGUAUAAUAAGGUUGCUUACUCUCGAUGCGCUCCAAUGUACGGAAAAUUUCGUCUCCUGAGCAUAGAUAGAUAGAAUCUGCAUGCGACGUUACUGAUUAUAGAGGUAAUACAUUGGAGCGUAUUGAGAACAAGCAACCUUAUUAUACAACCUUGAAACAAAUAGUAUUAUUUGGUGUGAUAAACAUACAUUGUGUAAUGUGUAUAGUGUUUAGUGUAGGAGUUUUUGUAACCGAAGAACAUGUAAUGAAUACUAAACACAGAGAACACAUACACAAAAUACACAAUUCAUUGUAAAGAGCAUACAGCUAUUCAUAUAUAAAUAAUACACAAUACGGAGAACACAGCUAAUCAUACACAAUACACAAUACAGAAAACACAGCUAUACAUACACAAUAGACAAUACAGAGAACACAACUAUAUAUACACAAUACACAAUACAGAGAACUGAGCUAAAACAGAAGGUUUGAACUAUUUCAAUGGAAAAUAAAACUGUAUUUGUAUUUUUGUCAUGUUUUAUGUUAAAUUGUUCAAGUUGCCAAAAAUGAAAUGUACCCCUCCUGAAACAAGGAAAUAUUAUUUUAACAAGUAGUUAAACAUAAUAACUGUGUUAAAAAGAAUUCGUGUCCAAAAAUGAUAAGAGACAGAUAGAUAGAUAUUUCUAAAAAAUUGUUAUCAAUGAAAAAGAAAAUAUAUUCAAUCAAAUAUGA